GAUGCGCCAUUUUAGCGCGUCUCGAGCCAUCCGGUAAAAUGGCGCCUUUGCUUUGUCUCCACUGAAAAGGGUUGCUUCAAUAUUCUAACAUUUUUCUAAAAUACAAAUUACUGAGAAUUAUCCGUUUUACAUCUCCGGGACGACGUGCCAAGAACUACACGUGUCUCAGUCAUUCAAGAAAUGACAAAAAGAGUACAGUAGGUAAAAUGAGUAAGGCCUCAGCUGAAUCUACAGACCAAGUGAUGGAGGAGGAAGUAGGUCAACUUCCGAUUACAGACCAGAUGAUGGAGGAGGAGCCUGGGAGCUCAGCAGAGACUGAGAGACCCUCCUCUUCUCACACCAAGAGGAAGCCUGCUGUCGCAGCCAAGCACACCGGAGGGAAUGAGUCUGACACCUCGGACGAGAGUGGACAGGAAGAUGGCGCCUCUGACAACCCCUCAGAUGGCAUGUUGGUGGUACGGCCUCCCACUGGGACUGACAACAAGGAGAGCAGAGGAGCCAUGAAGCUCCGAGUGGACCUCUCAAGGAAAAAGACAGAUACCACUUUGCAGGAGAGAAUAGACUGCACCGCCUGUGGACAGCAGGUCAACCACUUCCAGCGCCACUCAGUGUUUGAGCACCCCAUGCUCCAUGUGCUCCUCUGCAAGUCGUGCUAUAAGUAUUACACCAGCGACGAUAUCAAUAAAGACGAGGAUGGCAUGGAUGAACAGUGCAGGUGGUGUGCUGAAGGUGGCAACCUGAUCUGCUGUGACUACUGCCACAACGCCUUCUGUAAGAAGUGCAUCCUGCGUAACCUGGGGCGCAAGGAGCUGUCCAUGAUCACCGACGAGCACAGUAAAUGGUCCUGCUAUAUCUGCAGUCCUCAGCCCCUCUCAGACAUCGCCUCCAACUGCUCCAACAUCAUGACCAAGCUGGAGAGCUUCUGGAGCACGGGACGCAAGAAAGAGAGGGAGGAGAAAGAGAGGAAGGAGGUGAAAAGGCACAGUAAGGGUAAAGGUCACCACCACCAUGGUAAAGCUGUGGUGAACGGUAAGGAGCAUUCAGACGGGUCAGGGAUCACCUUCUCCUAUAAGACCCUGAAGGUCCCCAAGGAGCUGGUGAAGAGGACCAAGAAGCUGAUUGAGACGACUACAGGGCUCAACAACACCUUCAUCCAUUUCAUCAAGCAGGCUGAGGCGGAACAGGGAGCAGGAGGAGGUGGAAGCGGGACCAGACACCUCAAGGCCUUCAGGUCUGUUCUGGCUGAUUUAAAGAAGGCUCAUGCUGCCCUAGAGGAGGACUUGGAGUCACAGUUCACUUCCCAGGACCAAGGGAUGCAGAACGGGGAUGCUGUCUCCAACACCGACGGCCACUAUCAGAUUGACAACAUGGUUGAGGAUGGACAGGAGGCAGAAGAGUAUAAAAUGGCCGACACUGAGGAUGGGGAGGAGCUAAAGGAGGAUGGGGGCUUGUCAGAGGACACAGAGAUGGAGUGUAGCCCCGUCCCCGCGCCUCAGGACCACUCGGACACAGAGACAGACAGCCAGGCCAAAGACCAGACAGCAGUGAAAGUAGUGGAGGAGGAGGAGGAGGAAGAAGAGGAGGAUGGAGAGGAGGAGGAGGAGGAGGAGGGUGACCGGGAUAAAGACAUUGUGUCCGUCGGGCCGUCUGUCCCUGAUGAGCUCUUCCAGAUGGUAGAGAGUCUGGCGGACUCCACAGGGUUAACGCCCGGCAACGACGCCAUGGAACCCACAGCUGCUAGCCAAUCCGAGAGCCCCGCCGCCGGCUCAAACAGGAAGUCACUUGAAACCCAUAAGGAGAAGGCCAUGCCCAAGGUGAAGAACCUGAUCGUGAAGCUGACGCCCGUUCCCGUGGUUACCACACGCACCUCCAGGUCUAAGAGUAGGGAUGGGGGGAAGGAGAUGAGUAAGGAUGGGGGAAGGAAGGAUGGAGGGAAGGAGAGGAGUAAGGAUGGAGGGAAGGAGAGGAGUAAGGAUGGAGGGAAGGAGAGGAGUAAGGAUGGAGGGAAGGAGAAGAGUGAGGAGGAGGAGGAGGGUAAGGAGGUGGAGGAAGGUGGGGGCUCUGAGGAUGACAGCCGCCGCUCUAGCCGCACAAAGACCACACCCCUCAGGAAGUCAUCUGACGGGAAGAACAAGAUGGCCGAAUCCUCUCAGGAGAACAGCGACUCAGAGGGCAAGGGGAAGAGUCCCAGCAAGCUGAAGAGUAGAACCAAAGGCAGCUCGGAGAAGGAGGAGGAGGAGGAGGAGCAGAGCAAUGCCUCCUCCAAGGUGACCGCUGACCCUUCUAAACAGGAAGUGGACUCAGACUCUGACGAGGUUCCGGACAUCCUGCUCCAGACUGCAGCGGCGGAACACAGCUCUGACGAGGAUGCGCAGCAGGACGCCGAUGGUAACCAGGGCAACAGUAGCUUCAAAAGGUGCCUGUUCAAACUCGGCAAGAAAGACGGUGAGGGGGAGGAGAAUGACAAGGUGAAGACUGAGAAAAAGCUGGCGGCCAAACGCAAACUGAAAGCUGACGAUUCAGACAACUCAGAGUCCGACUCGGACGAAGACGCGAAGAAGAAAAAGAAGUCCUCCACGGCUUCUGCCAAAAAGACAUCCAAGAAGAAGGGCUCGGGCGGCUCCUCUAACUCUGACUCUGACCUGGAGAAGGAGAUGAAGGGACUCAGCAAACUGGGCACGGGGAAACGGAGGAGCAGCCGCGUGAAGAAAGAAAGAGAGGAGAAGGAGAACAAGGGCGGAGAUCGGAGGCGGUCGUACGAACUGAAACGCAAAGCCAGAAGUAGAGGAGCCAAGCAGCAAGAUUCAUCGUCUGAUGACGUGGAGGAGGAGGAGGAGGGAGGAGGGUCUGGAGAGGAGAGUGGAGACCAGCAGAAGAUUAAACCCAUCGUGGAGGAGACGGUGGUAGCAGGGAGGGGAACCUUCCACCAGUCUUCAGGAGAUGAAGGUAACCAUGACGCUUCUCAGAUGGCUGAGGAUGAUGAUGAUGAUGAUGAUCCAGAGAACAGAAUUGCCAAGAAGAUGCUGCUGGCCCAGAUCAAGGCCAACUACUCUUCAGGAGCAGAGGAGAGCUCUGACGAGGACGGAGAAGAGAAGGAACAGAAGAAGGGGAAGGGAGGAGAGGAGCAGGAGGAGGUUGACGACGAUGAUGAUGAUGAUGAUGAUGAUGAAGGGGGCUCUGACGUGGACAUGAAGAAGAGUGUGGGGCGUCGCCACAGGCUGCUCCGCCACAAACUGACGCUGAACGAAGGGGAGUCGGGAGAGGAGAAGGAGAAACCAGCUAGCAAGGGGAAGAAGGAGACCAAGAGGACCAGACGGAAAGUGGGUAGUGAUGACUCGGCAGACUCAGACUUUAAGGAGUCAGCUAGCAGCAGUGAGUCGGGAGUUAGUGAGGAGAUCAGUGAGAAGGAGUCAUCGUCAGAGGAGGAGUCGGAGUCUGAGAAGGAAGGCAGUAGCCGCAGGAGGACCACGCGCUCCUCCAAGAAGAAGAAGAAGAAGAAGAAGGAGGAGAGGAGCUACGCACAGAAGAAGAAACGGCGCCGCAUCAAGGUCCAGGACACUUCAUCCGACAAGAGCGGGUCAGGAGAGGACGGCUCGGGGAAGGAGGAUGGAGACACUCCUAAAGGACAGAGGAAGAAGAUCAGAAAAAUCCUCAAGGACGACAAGCUGAGGACGGAAACGAGGGAUGCCCUAAAGGAGGAAGAGGAGAGGAGGAGACGCAUCGCUGAGAGGGAGCAGCUCAGGGAGAAACUCAGAGAGGUACUCGUGGUGGAGGAGGCGUCCGCCGUGGCUUGUCCAAUCACAACCAAGCUGGUGCUGGAUGAAGACGAGGAGACCAAGCAGCCCAUUGUGCAGGUCCACCGCAACCUGGUCACUAAGCUCAAACCACACCAGGUCGACGGGGUCCAGUUCAUGUGGGACUGCUGUUGUGAGUCAGUGAAGAAAACCAACAAGAACUCUGGUUCUGGAUGUAUCCUGGCUCACUGUAUGGGCCUGGGAAAAACACUGCAGGUGGUAACCCUACUCCACACACUACUGCUGUGUGACAAGUUAGACUUUUCCACGGCUCUGAUCGUCUGUCCUCUCAACACGGUUCUCAACUGGCUCAAUGAGUUUGAGAAGUGGCAGUACGGCUUCAAGGACGAGGAGAGUUUAGAGGUGACGGAGCUGGCCACAGUGAAACGUCCUCAGGAGAGAGCGGCCGCUCUGCAGCAGUGGCAGGAGGAUGGAGGGAUCAUGAUCAUUGGCUAUGAGAUGUACCGUAACCUCACACAGGGUAGGAACAUCAAGAGCAAGAAACUCAAAGAGACCUUCCAGAAGACCCUGGUUGACCCAGGCCCAGAUUUUGUGAUCUGUGAUGAGGGCCACAUCUUGAAGAACGAGGCGUCGGCCAUCUCUAAAGCCAUGAACUCCAUCAAGACCCGACGGAGAGUGGUGCUCACCGGCACACCGCUGCAGAACAACCUCAUAGAGUACCACUGCAUGGUGAACUUCAUCAAGGAGAACCUGCUGGGGUCAGUGAAGGAGUUCAGGAACCGUUUCGUUAACCCCAUCCAGAACGGGCAGGCAGCAGACUCUACAGACCAGGAUGUACGGAUCAUGAAGAAGAGGGCUCACAUCCUCUACGAGAUGCUCAAUGGAUGUGUACAGAGAAGAGACUACUCUGCCCUGACCAAGUUCCUGCCUCCUAAACAUGAGUACGUUGUGUCCGUCAGAGUCACGCCCAUCCAGUGUACUCUAUACCGACACUACCUGGAGCACUUAACAGGUGCGGGGAACGUGGUGGAAGGGGGUCGGGGCCGAGCCGGGACCAAACUCUUCCAGGACUUCCAGAUGCUCAGUAGAAUCUGGACCCAUCCCUGGUGCCUCCAGCUGGACUACAUCAGCAAGGAAAACAAGGGGUACUUUGACGAGGACAGCAUGGAGGAGUUCAUCGCCUCGGAGACCGAGGAAUCUUCUUUAAGCAUGACCUCUGAGGACGAGAAACAGAAAAAGAAGAAGAAGCGGGGGAAGGCUCGGAAGAAGGAUAGUGACUCAGACAGCGAUGCUCUGGAGGUGAUAAAGGAAUGGAACACCAGUUCCAGAGGUGGAGACCCUUCCAGCCGCAACCGGGCAGAGCCAGAGGAGGAAGUGCGUCCGGCCUCCAGCCCUGGCACCAGGAGUCCUGACUGGCACAAGGAGUUUGUUACGGAGGCUGACUCUGAGAUCCUGGAGCAUUCUGGGAAAAUGGUGCUGCUGUUUGAGAUCCUUCGCAUGGCCGAGGAGGUGGAGGACAAAAUUCUGGUGUUCAGUCAGUCUCUCAUCUCUCUGGACCUGAUUGAAGACUUCCUGGAGCUGGCUGGCCGAGCCAAAGAGGAGGAGAAACCCGCUCCCUACAAAGGUGAAGGGAAGUGGUUCCGGAACAUAGACUACUACCGUUUGGAUGGCUCCACCAACGCCCUGAACCGGAAGAAGUGGGCCGAGGAGUUCAAUGACACCAGCAACGUCCGCGGCCGGUUGUUCCUGAUCUACCGGGCUGGUUCUCUGGGCAUCAACCUGAUAGGAGCUAACUUGGUCAUCAUCUUUGUCGCUGGACCGUCGUACGACAUCCAGAGUAUCUUCAGGGUCUACCGCUUCGGACAGCUCAAGACUUGCUACGUCUACCGAUUCCUGGCUCAGGGUACUAUGGAAGAGAAGAUCUAUGACCGCCAGGUGGCUAAACAGUCUCUGUCCUUCCGAGUGGUGGAUCAACAGCAGAUAGAGAGACAUUUCACCAUGAAUGAGCUGACAGAGCUCUACGCCUUUGAACCUGACCUUCUGGAUGAUCCCACUGGCAAGAAGAGCAAGAGGACCACUCCUAUGCUGCCAAAGGACCCCUUCCUAGCUGAGCUGCUCCACAGCAAUAAGGAGCAGAUUGUGGGCUAUCAUGAACAUGACUCCCUGCUGGAUCACAAGGAAGAGGAGGCUCUCAGCGAGGAGGACCGCAAAGCAGCCUGGGCCGAGUACGAGGCGGAGAAGAAGGGUCUGUCUCUGCGUGUGAACCAUGGAGCGUACGGCGGACAGAUGGACAUGGGAGGAGCUAACAGCUACUUCCCCUUCAACGUGGCCGCACUGGCCUCUAUGUCCAACCCCCAGCUGGAGGAGUUGAUCAACCAGGGCCGUCAAAAGGUGAUGGAGGCCACCAACGCUCUCAAGUUCCUCCCCAGAGAAUCUCUAGAGGACACCAUCGGGAGAGUGUGGAAGGAGAACCCAGCCCUAACAGAGUCCCAGGUCCAGGCCAUGGCUCUGGGGAGACAGGCCAGUGUAGAGAUGGAGCUCAAACAUAGAGAAGCUGUCUACAGAGACGUCCUCAAUAAGCAACAGACUCUGAUGAUGUACGUUCAGAAGGUGAUCACCAACAGAAAGGUGAGAGAGCAGCAGAUCGCCAUGGCCAACCAGGCCCAGCUGAUGAGCCAGAUGAACGGCAUGCUGGGAGCUGGAGGGAUGAGCCAGAUGGAACUCUUGGGGUUGUACCAACAGCUGGGGGCGCUACAGGGUCAUCCCACCCACCCCUCCAUGGGCGGCAAGAACCCCGGCCCCUCCAAGGGCAACCUGUAAGGGGGAGGGGGACCCAGGGCUUGCUCUAGAUGGUAGCCUAUCCCCUACAUAGUGCACUAUCCACUAUCCAUAUUGGCUGAGUGCGCAACGUUAGACCAAUGUAGCGAAGAUGGUUCCAUUUGUGACCCAGACUGCCCCCUCAAUGUCGCAGUAGGCUGCUCCCUAAUGCUGCUCUGUCUUCUACGUAGUGCACUAGAUGGAGCCCAGAGCCCUAGGGUUUCGGUUAGAAGUAGUGCACUACGUAGGGGAUAUAAGGGGUGUGAUCUGGGACGUUGCCCCACUGUCUACAACCCUCCUUCACUGGGGAGGUGAGAGACGACACAGAGAGAAGGGUCUCGGAGCCUCUCACCGCUCCCUCCAGCUCUCCUGUCUCCUGAAGCAGGAAAUGACUUGUAUAGGGACUAUAUGAAGGGGUUUUAGCAAUUUCAUUUGAAAUUCUGUAUAUACCGCCUUAAUGUUAUUCCAUGUCUCUUCUAUAGUUCACAUGUAUUUAAAGGAAAAACGUUAAGCAUUGCGUUAUUCUUUCCACUUAAAGGAGGGUUUGUUUAAUUAAUUGAUUAUUCUGUAAGUUGUGUUUUGAUACAGUUUUAAUGAUUGCCUGUCUAUCUAAAGAACCCCCAGAGGGGGACCAUAGUGCUGACUGGACUAUUUUAGGAUAUUAAACAUCUAGAUGAUUAGACCCCCUAUAGAACCCCCCCCUCCACCAAGACACGCAGGCUAGCCGGCACGCAGGCAGCGGUUCUGGUGUUGUAAAACUAUUUUGGGAGAUUCUGAUGCAUAGCCAUGACAAGAAAAAAAACUAAAACAUCAAAAUAAAAAUUAGGGCCUUAUUUCCAUUUCCUAAAGUUUUGUGUAAAUGAGAUUUGAGAAUGAUUUUUCUAUCUGCUUGUAGCUCUUAAUAUUUCCACUGUUUGUCUCUGAUCAUGGUUAUUAUAAUGGUAAUAUGGAAUGCUCUCGUGUCGUUUAAAACAAACUGUCCCCCCCCUCUCUCUUGCACCUCACUCGCUUUCCCGGGACUCUCUCUCUUUGUAACGCUCAUGCUCUUGUUGUCAAGUUGUUGCCUCGCGUAGCUCCAUAUCCGAGGGUGCUUUUCAGCCUUUUCUUUCUGUUCCACUUGUUGCAUCCUAAUCCAACCCUGGUGGAGGACUGGGUAGAGGAGAGGGAGGUUGGGGUGGUUCACCAAGCAAGGUCAUGUCCAGCUCUUUUUCUUUCAUUAUGGGUGGGCCCAGCGGGAAUCAAACUCACCAUCUUGACGUUGCAAGUGCCAGGAUCAACUGAGCCACAAAGGACUGAAGUUUGAUACCGUGUAGCUUUUAAAUCAGGACCCGAUCCUUUCAAAACGAACCUUCUAAUUCUUCUAAUUGAGAUUCCAGUGAGCCAUUCCUUAUCCAGACAUGGGUUUGCUGGCUAGCGGCACCACACCUGGGUUUGCUGGCUAGCGGCACCAGACCUGGGUUUGCUGGCUAGCGGCACCAGACCUGGGUUUGCUGGCUAGCGGCACCAGACCUGGGUUAGCUGGCUAGCGGCACCAGACCUGGGUUAGCUGGCUAGCGGCACCAGACCUGGGUUAGCUGGCUAGCGGCACCAGACCUGGGUUAGCUGUGAAACACUCUUUUCACACCGCUUCGAUACUGAAAUGACUUUUUGUAGCUGGUUAAGAGACUGAGGUUAAGGUUAGUAAAAUUGAUCUCCUAACCUGCUAUGAGGACAGGGUUGUGUUCAUUAGGCACCAAAUGGAAGAUAACUGACCAACACGGAGGGAUUUACCUGAACUUGCCCCAUAUGCUGUUUUUACUUGUCCGUUGCUUGAAUGUACACGACCCAGUCCUAUCCUAGGUCUCCACCCAGGCUAACUGUUCUCUACUCUAGUCGACACCCAGGCUACCUGUUCUCUACUCUAGUCGACACCCAGGCUACCUGUUCUCUACUCUAGUCGACACCCAGGCUACCUGUUCUCUACUAUAGUAAUCCACCCAGGCUACCUGUUCUCUGCUAUAGUAUCCACCCAGGCUACCUGUUCUCUACUAUAGUAGACACCCAGGCUACCUGUUCUCUACUAUAGUAGACACCCAGGCUACCUGUUCUCUACUCUAGUCGACACCCUGGCUACCUGUUCUCUACUAUAGUAUCCACCCAGGCUACCUGUUCUCUACUAUAGUAUCCACCCAGGCUACCUGUUCUCUACUAUAGUAGACACCCAGGCUACCUGUUCUCUACUAUAGUAGACACCCAGGCUACCUGUUCUCUACUCUAGUCGACACCCAGGCUACCUGUUCUCUACUCUAGUCGACACCCAGGCUACCUGUUCUCUACUCUAGUCGACACCCAGGCUACCUGUUCUCUGCUAUAGUAUCCACUCAGGCUACCUGUUCUCUGCUAUAGUAUCCACCCAGGCUACCUGUUCUCUGCUAUAGUAUCCACCCAGGCUACCUGUUCUCUACUAUAGUAUCCACCCAGGCUACCUGUUCUCUGCUAUAGUCGGCACAUGUUUCUGUUCCUAAAUAAAAGUCAGUGUUGUCGAUGUUAAGAGGAGGAAGUGAUGACUGUCCGACCUGAUCGACCGGAGACGGAGUUCCUCCGUUUGCACAAUACGGUGUAUUUCUGAAAUGUAGCCUGUCGUCCUCCCAUUCUACUCUACCAAGAAUGUUCUUCUCAUGUUUAGCAAAUACACCAACUUGUUUUUGUUGCCAUUCAUUGAUUAAUCUGAACGGCUACUAUCUUGAAAAGUAUUUAAAAUAACAUUUAAUAAAGUGAACAAAAGGGUGACCACCUU